AUGACACAGACACAGAAGCCCAUGCUAAAAUACAGCAACAACUCCAUCAAGCCCGUCCAGCUGUUCAACCAUGCUGACCUAGUUUCCGUGCGCAGCAAUGCCGAGGCCGCCCGCAACGCCUACAGCAGUCUGAGCAAUGCCUCAGCCAACAGCACCAUGCCAACGCCGUUCCGUUCCACCAUGAAACCGCCACCUAGUCCCCAGCAACUUCUUAAAGCAGCCACUGGUACUAACGUUUCGUCCACCUCAAGUGGAAAUGCUGCCCCAAAAUCUGCCACAACGAAGGGUCACAGCAACCCAUAUGCCCGCCCGCUGAGUGCCAAAGACAUCGCGAGUGACCUUCAAUCACAGCAGCAGAAGAUCAAGAAGACCAACAGAGUAUCUCAGAUGCAAUCGGGUCCCAACGCCAUGUUUAAUAUCGGACCAGAAGGAACACCAGUAUUUGGUUAUCCAAUGAACGCGUUCAUGCGUCCCCAGAGUGCCUUGCGAAAGGAGACUCCUGCACAGACCUCCGGUGCGAAAUCUACAACAACGAAAAAAACUAGCGAGGAAACGACAGCAUCGAAAACUGGAGCGACGAAAUCUACUGCCACCGCGAGUCCUAGAAAAGAAAUUCCGCCGACAAAGCUAGAACGGGAAACUGACCUUAGUUUGAACGGUCAGUCAAAUAAUAAAGAAAAUAGUGGACCAAAGAAUCAGUUCGGACCGGCGUCAAAAGCAAUACCUGCUUCAAGUAGUUCACAGUUGUUAAAUCAGAGUGUUAAUAGCCCCUCUUCUAGUCCUGUAAAGGUAUCUGCAGCCUCACAGACUCAAAAUAGCACCCUUGCAAAGAAUGUGGACUCA